UUUUUCUCUCUUGUGUGAAAAGUGAAUCUUUUUUGUUGACCUUCCAGCUUAACUAUAAGUGGAUAAUAUGUUCAUGUGCAUGAUGUAUAGAAAAUGAAGUAUCGUUAAUACAUCAAUAUGAUUGUAUUGAUUUUCAAUAUGAAUAACGCAAAUUAUGAGAAUAAUUAUAUCAAUGGGGAGAAAAAUCUGGCAUUUGUUUUUGAUUCUGAUCAGGAUACUACAGAUCAGAAACAAGCAACAAAACAAACUGAGAAGGAUGCUGAGCACAAGCUUGAGAGGAAAACGAAGAUCUAUGUAUUUAUCAGCCAUUUUAUGUCAGCAUGGGGAGACCGUAUGUGGUCCUUUGGGGUGGGGCUUUUCCUCAUCAGCCUGGCCCCUGACUCCCUUCAGCUGCCCGCAAUCUAUGGAUUCUCCUCCGGAGGGGCCACACUCCUCUUCGCGGGGCUUGUGGGAUACUGGGUUGACAACACCCCUCGACUUACAGCGGCUCGGGUUUCCCUGGUGAUACAGAACCUCCUGGUCGUGUUGUGUGCUGCAGUGGUUUUCUGUGUGUUCUUCUUUGGACUACACCAAGAAAAUGCUUCAGUCUCUGAUGUCUUGAUUCAUGGAGGCAGAGGUGUAAUUAUUGUGUUGUCCAUUCUGGCAGGCUUAGCCAGUAUAGCCAUGAAGAUUGCUAUUGAGAAGGACUGGGUGGUGGAAAUCUGUGGUCGAGACAAAGACAUGCUGGCCUCAAUGACAUCAAAGCUAAGGGCCAUUGACCUUUGCACCCAGAUUUUGGCCCCAGUCCUUACAGGUCAGGUCAUGACCUGGUUAGGGAUCCAGUAUGGGGCUGUUCUGAUUGGUGUUUGGAAUCUAAUGUCUGUGUUUGUGGAAUAUUAUCUCAUUCUUAAAGUUUACCAAGAAGUUCCUGCUCUAAAAAACAAAAUGUACAAGAAAAAGGCAGACAAAGAUGUACCUGAAACAACAAUCCCAGUUCAAGACAAUGAAGAAAAAGCUAUAACUGCUGAAGAGGAUUCAAACAUUGUCUGUGAAGAGACAACGAAGAAUUCUGCUCCUCCAGGAAAAGAUACUGCAGAAUCGGCAAAAGAUGACGAUACCCAAAUCAAACCCGCAACUCCAGAAAAGAAGAUUCAAAAAGCAUCAGAACUGACAGGUUGUGCCUGGUUCUUGAACAAGAUGUUCUACAGUUUUAUAACCCUGUAUAGGGGUUACAGAACAUAUUUUAAGUAUGAAGUCGCCCUAGCUGGACUUGGACUCUCCUUCUUGUACAUGACUGUGCUGGGCUUUGACAGCAUCACUAUAGGCUAUGCCUACUCCCAGGGACUCUCAGAGGCUGUAUUAGGAGGACUGCAGGCAGGAGGUGCUCUGAUAGGAAUUCUGGGAGCUUUUGCGUAUCCCAAGAUCCGAAAGGUUGUUGGUCUUGAGAGGACUGGUUUGUUUGGAUUAGGUUCUGAAAUUCUGUGCUUGUGUUUCUGUGUAGCUUCUGUAUGGGCCCCUGGCAGUCCUUUUGAUCUGUUAGGCAGUCCAAAGACCUCAGUUAACAACAUGGUUGAUGCGAGGUGCCAGAAUGGAUCUUAUGUGUACACAACCAAUGUGACCUCACCCCCAAGUGAAAUAUCUACUGUAAUAACAAUAACAACAAUUAAUUCUUCUUUUCCCUCUGGUAUGCUAUGUAAUGAAACCACUAGUUCAUCAGAAGAGUCACCCGACAUCUCAAUAUGGCUACUUAUGGUGGGAAUCAUCACAGCUAGAUUUGGUCUUUGGGUUUCCGACCUGACAAUCACACAGCUAUUUCUACAGACCGUGGAGGAAACAGAGAGAGGCAUCGUCAACUCCAUGCAGAACUCUAUGAACAAACUCAUGGAUAUGCUGAAGUUUAUCAUGGUUAUAGUGGCACCGUACCCCCAUCAGUUUGGCCUACUGACCCUCAUUUCGUUUUCCUUCAUCUGUAUGGCCUGGGUCCUGUACGCUGUCUACUGUCGCCGAGUUAGAGGACAUUUCUUUCACUUCGAAAAAGUGACUAAGUGUGUGGAUCACCAAAAUAAUAAUCAGGCACCACAACAUAUUUCAAACACAGAAACUAGUGAAGCAGUGUGAAAGUAGAGGUAGAUUUGUGUACAUUAGAAAAAAGCACAAAAUUAAUUCACAAUUGUUUGGUUUCAAUAUAGUCACACUUUGUUAUCUUGAACUAGAAAACUUACGAUUCCUGAUGAUUCAGAAAGAACAAGUUUUUUUAACUUUUAAAUCACAUUGACAUAUCCAUGGUACAUGUAUUUGAAAUACAUGUACCAUGUACCACAGGUACAUGUAUUAGUUUUUGAGAUAUACCAAAGUUCAACAGUAUGUUGACAGUUAAAUAUUUUAGUGAUAGUUUUUCUUGGAUUUGUGAUAUUAUCAUGAUUAUGGUGCACUGGUGCUGUUUAUGACUCGGUCAGUUUUUCUAAUUUUAAUGAGAUAAUUUUAUGUAAUUUUAAAAUCUGAGGAAGAAGAGUUGGGUUCAAGUAACUCAGGUGAGUGUUGUGGCACCAAUUGGCCUGUUAUUUUUCAAUAUGAUUGUUUUUCUUUUAAUUGUUAUGACAAAUUUUAUACUUAUAAUUUUUUAGUCAAAUUUUACUUUGAUUUGGCUUUUUAAUCAUCAUCUUUGUAGCAAAACGUUAUACUGGUUUAGGAUACUGUAUAAUGUCUAUUUGUAGGCAUGUAGUAUAUAUAAUAAGACAUGCAAUUAAUUUAUGUUUUAAAAUUAAAGAGGUCUACAUUUCUAUAGAUGAUUAGUGUUGCAAAUGGAUAAAAUGAAAAUUUUCUUU